GUCGCCUGCUCCUGGAUGCGGAGCGGGGCGGCCCCAGCCCCUGGACCCCUCUACGUUCCCCUGCCCCGAAGCUACAGAGCCACUGUUCUCUGGGCCCCAUCCAGUGAGGUCUACGGUGGCCUGUCCUUGGGUGUAAUUCAGCGCAGCCCCAGGGCUAGCGUAACCCUUGGCACCCAACUAGGGCCUGCAGAGGCCAGUGUGCUGCGGUGCCUGGUCCCGGCUGGCGGCAAUAGAAAAUCAGCUAAAGAUAUGUGGCUUUAAGAGGGACAUGGAUGUCUCAGUGUUGUACCUUGCUGGACAGGGACUAAAAGAAGUCCCUAGUCUGUCACGAUUUCAGAUCUUAAGGUAUUUGUGGCUUAACAACAAUAAGAUCCAGAAGCUAACAUUCUUGAUCAAUAAUUAUCGCUUGACAGAACUCUACCUCAACAAUAAUGAGCUCAUAGAUAUAGCAGGUGCUCUGAAACAUUUGCAUGCAUUGCAGAUCUUGUUGCUUCACAACAACCAGCUGAAAAACCUUGACACAACAGUGAAGGAACUAAAGGGAAUGAUAAGUCUGCAGACCCUCAAUCUAUUUCACAACCCUCUGUCACAAGAUCCAGGGUACCGUCUUUAUGUGACAUACUUCCUUCCCUCAGUACAGCUCCUCGACAGGAAGAAAGUUACUCAAAAAGAAAGGGAAUCAGCUUUACAUAUUUACAACCACGAAAGGUCCCGUGUUCUCCAGUCUGUAGGUUUUGGAAAGAGAAUAGAUAUGCCAGUGGUGGCUAAGACAAUAUCUACCAGAAGCACUCCAUGUGCCAAAAGUUUGCUGCUGUCUCCAGGUUAUGAAGUUGCAAAUCACAUAAAUAAAGUUCCAUUUGAGAACCCUGAAGAUGCUGUUUUUGUGAGGGCAAUGAAGAGAUCUAUAAUGGAAUUUUCCUCUGUGGAUUGGAAUAAAAUACCCACCUGUCUAGGAAUACACCUUGAAAACAAACCAGAAGACCCCCAUGAGAAACUGACAGUCAAAUUCAGAUAACUGUUUGGUUCCUUAGAAAAUAUGUACCUACAUGUUGGAUAUUACACUUUUAUUGUAAGUUAAUAUCCAUAAGACAUGUAUGCUAUAACUUAUACUUGAUUAAAAGAACUUUCAGCAGGAAAAUGUUAAAUUCAUUUCCUUUAAUCCCAACUGUAGGGAUUCAAGGAUUAAAGUUAGAAAAUGCUGGUCACAGAUUUGCUGUAACUUUAUCAUAAUGUUGCCACUAAUUGAAUUCUCAUGAGUACCAUAUUGUCUGUUGUGACAAAUUAACAAAGCACCCCUGUACAUUAAUUUUUAGGACACUAAGGACGAAUAUAUUCAUCUUUGAUAGUCUUCGCUGGUGGCAUCCUCUUUUCUAACUGAAUCAGGUUUCUCUUACCACCUCAGUUUCUAACACUUCCAGGUCAGAUUAAGGCUUCAUGUGGCCUCUCUCUUUCCCAAAUGAAGUUACUGCAAGGUUCUCUGUGUAUAAGGUUGUUAUAUAGUCCUUAUCAUGGUUAUCUUAAUUUUUUCCCCUUUCCCAACUCCUGCUACAAUCCACUUUUUUCUUUGCUGAUUGUUCAAAGGAAAGUGUUUGGAACUGGCAGCAGGGAAAGCUAAUUACAUUAGCAAUGUAGAGAAGAUGCAAGGUAAGUCCACACUGGCUUCUUACAAGAGUCCCAACAUUUCUUACCUCCUGUUAGCCAGAAACCUUUCUUGGCAAUUGUUCUCAAAGUGGUCAAGCUGAAACACUAGGAAUUAGCCAGACAGAGGUGUUAAUCCCUCCUCAUGGGAAAACUGUACUGCACUGCUCUAAUGGAGAACCGCUUGAGCUGUUCCAUCAAAGGAAAGGCAGGAUUUAUCUCCCAGUGUACAUGGGGUAGGGGAGAGCUUUGGUGGAUCGGAGAGCCAUGACUGAGUGCACAGAACCUAGCCUGCAUCCUAGCAGUUAAACACUGUAGGUGCUUUAUCCUAGGAUGUACAGUUAGAAGGGAUCUAAUAUUUUAUCUUACAGCAGUAUGAAGCUGAGUGUGGUGUAGAAGAAAAUGUCAGUCUCCAGAGAAGAGGGAAGUACAUUGUACUGGGACAGUUGCAAUGUAAGGUUACGCUCUGAUUUAGCCAAUUACAGAAGUAAAUUUCAUGUUGUUAAAUUCUCUGAAGAUUUUGUGUGCACUGAGAAUACUCCAGCCUAGGAUUGUAGGGACCCAAGCAUGAUUUUCCCUCUAAUUGCUCCUCCCCACUGCCAGGGGCCGAUGUGCCACCAAGCAUUGGAACUAACAGCAAGGAGACUAGUAUCAGAGGGGUAGCCGUGUUAGUCUGGAUCUGUAGAAGCAGCAAAGACUCCUGUGGCACCUU